AUGAACGCGGCCCGCAAUCUUGUCGGUUUCGCGGACUUUACAGUGGGAAAGGCUGAAGGCGAAAAACUCCCAAUAGAUGCAGCUCCCGCAAGCAAAGACGUAACCGGAACUGCGUACGUGGGGUCAGUGUGCACGGCACUGAAAGGUAAUGCAGUGUCUGCUCAAGAAUCAGCCACGCUGGAUGGCACAUACGCUUACGCGGUUCAAGAAGGAGCUACUGCUGACUGCGAAGCCGCAGUGGAGCACUGGAAAGCAGCCCUGUCUAACUUUGACGGCGUGCCUCCGCAAUACAAAGAAGAAACAGCGCCUUAUGACAACCCUCAAAAUAUUUCCUUCAUUUCCCUGUUCAACCCCAAUGAAAAUCCCAAAGUGGACUGCGCAUACUUCACCUGCCCAGCACAACAGGCGGAUUCGCAGCAGAGAAACAAUCUUGUCGACGGAGAGGGGGAGGGAGAAGGGGAAGAGGGUGAUCCCGAAGCUGAUAGCGGUGGGAGCGGUCCAAAGCCGGACGACGGGGGUACGAGCACCACAGACAAAGAAGUGAAGGCUCUUGUUUGCGUCACCACGCCAAAGGUCUUAAAUAAAGACGCCGCCCCAUACACGCAAGCCCAGUGGGAUCAGAUCACCGCUGGCCUCAACAAAAGCGCUGCACCAGCAUUGCCUACGUUCCUCGGCUUUGUUGCCACAGCAGUUGGCAUUCUUAUCCUUUGA